AUGCUUCACCCGAGCACAGCGGUCAUGCCUAACUGCGGAAUCAUGGACUCAAAGAAGGUGUUGGUCACUAGAGGCACUGGAUUCGUAGGUUCAGCUAUAGUACGGCGCCUUGCAGAGAAGUAUCCGAAUUGUCUUAUCACCGUUGUCGAUCUGAACCCGCCUCGACCCCAGCAAGACUUGCAAGAGCGUGUUCAAUUUGUGCAAGUCGACGUCACCGACGCAGAUAAGGUGGACGAGGCCAUGGAUUUGAUCAAGCCGGACAUCGUUCUUCACACAGCAGGUAUCAUACCACCUCUUGCCGACCGGUUUCGACGACGCUUGGAGGAAGUCGUGUGGGCUGUUAAUGUGAAGGGCACUGAAAACGUGCUCACUGCGGCUCAGAAGGUUGGUGCUCGAGCUUUUGUCUAUACGAGCAGCUGCUGUGUGACCACCGAUGAUAUGAGGUUCCAAUACGCAAAUAUCAGCGAGGAAUGGCCCAGGACUUCAACCUCGCUGAUCUAUGGCGAAUCGAAGGCAGCAGCCGAAACUCUUGUCCUUCGGGCAUCGAACGACCAUACGGCGACUUGCUCUCUGCGACCCUCGGUUCUCUUUGGGCCGGGGGACUGCCAGUUGCUGCCCUCUAUCCACGCAUGCAUUGCCAAGAAGGAGACCCCAUUUGUGAUUGGAGAUGGCUUCAAUCUGUGGGAUGUCACGCAUGUGGACAAUGUUGCAGACGCUCAUGUUCUCGCAGCCGAGAACUUGACCACCUCACAAACGGCCGCCGGGGAAGCCUUUUUCGUCCAAAAUGAGGAGCCGAUCACAUUCCGAGAUUUCUGCCUAGCCAUAUGGGCACAUUUUGGACACGUCCCGCCGUGGGAGAUUCAUGUUCCCAAGAGACUCGCGUAUUUCGCGGGAUUGAUCUGUGAAUUAGCCACUUGGGCAACAGGAUCUUCGACCACUCUUAGUCGCGGAAGCGUUCAGGACGCGUGUGCGGUGCGAUACGCCAGUGGCGAAAAGGCAAAGUCGAUAUUGAAGUAUCAGCCUCGGGUAGACCUCAAGACGGGGAUUAGGUUGAGCUGUGAGGAAUACGCCGAUCGCAUAGGUGUGAAACUACCCCGCACUCCGUUCACACCAAAGCCCCAGGCCCGAAGAUUGUAG